AUGGACGAUGAACUCUAUAGGUUGGAGGAGGCCAAACGCGCAGAGAUACGAGAUGACAUUCCACGCAUUCUUGACGAACAGAGGUUCUUGAUUGAACAAGUUGAGAACCAGACUGCUUUCUUUUUGUCAAAGUACCAUGAGAUGGACCUGGGGCUACCAGAAUUUCUACUCGAAUACUUGUUCGUCGAGAUUAGGAAGGACCCCAAGGCAGGCGAUGAGACAAAGAUGCGGGAAUAUGAGCAGGAAGUGGGCGAAAUCAGGCGUCUUGGUGUUGUGUUAGAUGAAUCGUGUACAUAG